GUCCUUCAACUACAUAUACCACUGAACUAGUGCUUUGUCAUAUAUAAUAUGCCCCAUAACUCACAAGGAGAUAAUAAAGAAAGAAACCAUGAAAUCUAUGUCCACAGUCUCCAUUUUGACCAUCUUUGCACUAUCCCUUUCACCACUUCCAUGUUUUGCAGGAGAUUUCCUUUACCUUGUCCUACAGUGGCCGGGGUCGUACUGUAGCACAAAGCAUGGCUGUUGCUUCCCGAAGAAUGGAAAACCUGCAAAUGAUUUCACCAUUGCUGGACUGUGGCCCUGCUACUUGAAUGCCACUAUCCCUCAGUUCUGCAAUUCUCAUAGCCAGCUCAACUUAGCCAAGGCCUCAAACCUAACCAAAAGCCUGCAAGUAAAUUGGGUCUCGCUUGCCUGCCCAAGCAGUGAUGGAUUGAGUCUGUGGGCCCGUGAAUGGCAGCAGCAUGGGACAUGCUCAGGCCUCAACCAACUUGACUACUUUGAGGCAGCUCUCAGACUUAAGAAGCAAGUCAACCUCCUUAAAACACUCAACAAUGCAGGAAUCCAACCAAAUGGGAGGUUUUACAAGACAGGCGCAGUGGUGGAGGAGACCAUACGAAAGGCAGUCGGGUAUAUGCCAGGGUUAUGGUGCAAUGAGGACAAAUCGGGGAACCGUCAGCUCUAUCAAGUAGUCAUGUGUGGCGACUUUGCUGGAAACAGGAUCAUAGACUGUCCAGGGAUCCCAACGGGGAAGGGGGAGUGCGCUGCGUCUAUCAAGUUUCCUCCAUUCUAAAGACUGUAGUAGUAGCAAAUAACACCACCGGAAAAGUAACGGGCUAGACUUAUGGCAAUUUAUGCUAUGUUCUUGUUUCAAUUAAUAGUUACUAGCUAGUUUGAUGCUUGUAAAUCGGCUUUUUGUUUGGAAGAAAUCACAGAAAGGAAAAAAUCAAGAGUCUUUGAGAUAUAGUGGUGAAGGAUAAGAAUCAGUGAUGUAGAACUAUUGUCCACGUUAAUAUAUAGUCGUUAUUCCCUUGGCCUA